UGGCGUGCGCGUGCGCACAAGGGGACGCCAGGGCCAGGUACCGCCAAAAAAGAUAAAAACGGAAAGAUUAUUCUUUUUCUACCUCAGAAUAAGGUAUCAACCAGCACGCCCAUGCUUACUAUAGUCUCCCUAACUUAAAAUAAAAUCGCUUUUAAUGUGGGAGUUUAAGGGCGCUCUACUUUUUGCGUACCUCUUUGGUCCCACCAACGGCCACUUCCGGCCUGGAAAGGGGGAAAUGGGCCAGGAGGGCGCAUGCGCAGUGCGUGGCGGCCCCUGCUGUUUCUCGGGCUCUUCUUCCGGCCUUCCCUUCGGAGCCUCUGAGGAGAUUCAGGCGACGGGAGAAGCUUUACCUAUUCGGGCCCAGGCGAAUGGCUUUUGAACCCGGAGGUGGACGAGAUUAGGCCUGGGUGUUUUGUUUUUUUUUCCAUUGGGGUUUCUGUCAGGGGUCUGCUUGGGACCCUCAGCUUUCUCUCACUAUGGAUUAACUUUACCCCAGGCUUCAAGGGGCCUAGCUUUCCAAGGGGUUGUAUUUUGGGGGGUUCCUCUUUCCUGGCUGUUUGACCCUCCCAGCCCUGUCUCUUGCAGCCACAAUGUCUUGAAGAGUGGGCAAGGAAGGUCCCAUAGUGGCCACUUAGAGGCCAAACAGUCGCCUUUCUGCCUCAAUGGGGACCAAGGCCUUUUAGGUCAGGGCCUCCCCUAUUUAUUCCCAUUCCUUUGUCAAAGAAGGGGAGCAGCCACCUCCGAAAUGGGGCCGAGGAGCAGGUUCUAGCCUCCCGGACCCAUGGGCCCGAAGCUGCCUUGAUGAAGACAUUUGUGAGGGCCAGCUGUGCAGUGCUGUUCCUUCAGGAGGAAGAAGAAGAAGAGGAGGAGGAAGAGGCGGCCUGGUCAAGGAGGUCAUGGGGUCGCAGGUGCUGCAGAUCCUGCGCCAAGGCGUCUGGGCCUCGCUGACCGGCGGCUGGUUCUUCGACCCGCACCAGAGCACCUUCUCCAACUGCUUCCACCUCUACACCUGGAUCUUCUUGCUCAUCUUCCCUUUUCUGCUCUACAUGGUGAUGCCUCCCAGCAUUUUUGUGGCUGGCGUGUAUUGUGCCGUGGUGGCCACCUUCUUCACCACGGUCAAGACCAUCAACUACCGCCUGCACACCAUGUUCGACCAGGGAGAGAUUGUGGAGAAGAACUCGGCCCUGGCAGAGGCAGCCAAGACCGAGGAUGGGGCUACAGCGGAUGAUGGCAACUUGGCCAGAGACCCAGGUGGGGUGGAGAUGACAGUUUUCCGCAAAGUCAGUUCCACGCCUCCGGUGCGUUGCAGCUCCCAGCAUUCUGUGUUUGGCUUCAAUCAGGUCAUGGAUCUUCUACCGCACUUGGAGGAUGGUGGUCCAGCAAGAGACAUCAAAGAGCUAGUGCGUGAGCAAGGAAGCAACAACGUUAUCGUCACUGCAGCCGAUCGGGAGAUGCUUCAGCGCUGUUCGCCUGAGAACUGUGUUGGUGAUGUUUCAGCAGUACCUACCGACCUGGAAGCUGCAAGUAGCAGCCUCCUGCCUCUUCCUAAGAUGGAGCCCGCACCCAGCGGCCGAAAGCUCCCUCCUGCACUCCCCAUCCAGACCUCAAUCCAGAGCACAGACUCCUCAGAACAGUCUCCUCCGGCCGGGGCAGGAUUGCAAGCACCCCACUGGACCGCUAGCGAGUCUGAGAGUGUGGGGGACACGCCGCUGAGCCCUCUGAUCAAGAGCAGCUUAAGCGAGGAGCUCAGCCAGAGCUUCCUGAGCCUGGCCUUGCCGGAGACCGGGAGCCGGCGAGAGAAGCGCCGCUCUGGAACGGAGUACCAGCCUUUGGAGCCUCGGCCGGAGCGUCCUCUCAAGGCCGGCUCCUCUGACAGCUGCUUCAGCGGCACCGACAAAGAGACGCCCAGCACUUUGAGCAGCUACCGCAGCGAGAAGACCAACUCCACGCACUUGGACAGCCCCUCUUUGGGGGUGGGCGCCGGGGAGGGCCCCCCAGGGAAGGAGCCAGGGAUCGGCAUGUCUCCGCCGCCAGACGGAGGCAGCGAUACGGAUGCCCUUUCGGACAGCGAGCUGCUGCGGUCUCCGGAGCUGGGCCUCCUCGGGGAGCUGAGCUUCGACACGCAGAACACUCUCAACUCCCUAGAAACUGUCAAAGGUGAUGGGGAACUGUGGGGCGGCCCCGAGCCGGAGCAAGUAGUCCGCCCCAAGGAGCUGGGCCUCAAUGGCCGCCGGCACCUCUCCCGCAAACACGGCAGUGCCUACUUGCCCAUGCGGACUCUCUUGGACAGCAAGGCCUAUGCGGAAGGCUUUUUCGCGGAUGAGGAUUCCAGCGACUGCAGUGACUUAAGCCGGGCCUCCAGCCUGCACUCCCAGCACAACUACAGCUCCGACACUUCCUCCAGCACUUCCUGCUACUCCCCUGAGCGCCACCCGCCCUCCCAGCACGGCAAGCAGGGCCACUCUAUGGCCGAGGCCAAACCCCCGCCACCGCCGCCCCCCGAAGGUGCCGCCCUUCUGCCCAAACAUUCCCACUACGCCCAGCGGACAGGCAGCACCGCCAGCGCCAAGACCCACGCCCGGGUGCUCAGCAUGGACGGCAACCACGUGGCCGAUGGGAAGCUCCUGGGCUCCCUCACCAUCUCCAAGUCGGAUUUGGAGGCCCACGCAGGGAGGCUGACCGUGGAGCAAGAAUCAGCCAGUACCGUGCGCAGCCAGUCGGCCAACCAACCGGGUUGGAGAGGGGAGCUGCAGGCCGAAGGGGCGGUUGGAGGGGGGGAAGAUGGUCCCAAGCCUGACCGAUCAAACAGCGCAAAACGCAUGCAGGCCAUGAGACGGCGUCACAACGCGGGCAGCAAUCCCACACCCCCAUCUUCGGUGAUGGGAUCCCCACCCAGCCUCCAGGAUUUGCAGCGGGGCCGUGCCUCCUCGCAUUCCCGGGCGCUCACCCUCCCCUCGGCCCUGCAGUUCGCCAGCUCCCUCCUGCUUCCACGCGGCGCCAUCCACGAAGCCUGCAACUUUGACGACACCUCGGAAGGGGCGGUUCACUAUUUCUACGACGAGAGUGGAGUCCGACGGUCGUAUACGUUUGGUCUAGCGGGAGGUGGCUACGAGAACCCAGUGGGCCAGCAAGUCAGCAUGGACCACGCCACCAACAGCGGCUGGGACAGGCAUUCGCACUCCUCCAGCUUCAACUCCGCAGAGGUCCCCGAAGGGACCCCGGCCCUGACGCUGCUGCAGCCACGACCCGUGGUCCUCCAGGGCAUGCAGGUGCGGAGGGUGCCGCUGGAGAUUCCUGAGUUCGAUCUCCUGGAUCAGGAGUCGCUGCACGAGUCGCAGGAGAACACGCUCAUGAUCGAGGACAAGUGCCACCCACGCCAGUACUACAAGUUCUGGGUGCUGCCCGGGCGCUGGAUGCGGGUGCGCUACGACCGGCUGGCUCUUUUGGCUCUGCUGGACCGGAACCGCCGGGUGAUCGAGAACAUCUUUGUGGUGCUGCUGGUGAGCCUGGUGGCCUUCCUUGGCUACCUCCUCCUCCUGCAGGGCUUCUUCCGGGACAUUUGGGUAUUCCAGUUCUGCCUGGUCAUUGCCAGUUGCCAGUAUUCCUUGCUGAAGAGUGUCCAGCCAGAUGCAGCUUCCCCCAUGCAUGGCCACAAUUGGAUCAUCGCCUACAGCCGCCCCGUUUACUUCUGCGUGGCUUGCUUGCUCAUCUGGCUGCUGGACCUCUGUGCCCGCACCGUGCCCUUCCCGCCCGUGGCCUUCUACGACCUCACCCUCUUCUCCGCCGACUUCUUCUACUGCGCCCGAGACGUCGUGAUUGUCUUCACCCUCUGCUUCCCAGCCAUCUUCCUCUUUGGACUUCUCCCCCAGGUCAACACUUGCUUCAUGUACCUUCUGGAGCAGGUGGACAUGAACAUCUUCGGUGGAACAGCUGCCACCAGCCCCCUCACUGCCUUCUUUGCUCUCUUGCGCAGCAUCCUAGUGGCAUCCUUUCUGUACGGCUUCUGCCUUGGAGCGAUCAAGACUCCGUGGGGUGACCAGCACGUGCCCGUCCUCUUCUCUGUUUUCUGUGGUCUUCUCGUGGCGCUUUCCUACCACCUGAGCCGCCAGAGCAGUGACCCGACUGUCCUCUGGUCUCUAAUCCGAACCAAGCUCUUCCCUGAUUUGGAGGACCACAGUGUCGAGAGCCCCUCGGUUGGGAUUAAGGACCCACUGCCGGAAAAACUGCGUAGUUCACUGCGGGAGAUCCUCCAUUCGGACCUGGUGAUGUGUGCGGUCAUUGCCGUCUUGACCUUUGCGAUCAGUGCCAGCACGGUCUUCAUCGCUCUGGAGUCUGUCCUAGGUUAUGUGCUCUAUGCCUUGGCGGGCCUGGUGGGCUUUGUCACUCACUACCUGCUGCCGCAGCUCCGUAAACAGCUGCCCUGGUUCUGCCUCUCCCAGCCGGUGCUGAAACCACGCGAAUACAGCCAGUUCGAAGUGCGCAGCGCUGCCCAGCUGAUGUGGUUUGAGAAGCUCUACGCCUGGCUGCAAUGCGUGGAGAAGUACUUCAUCUACCCGGCCGUGGUGCUCAACGCCCUCACCAUCGACGCCCACUUGGUCAGCAGCCCGAGGCAGGACAAGUUCUGCAUCUACUGCCGUGCGCUGCUCCUCACCAUUGCCGGCAUGAAGCUCCUGCGCUGCUCCUUCUGCUGCCCACCCCAGCAAUACGUCACCUUGGGCUUCACCGUCCUCCUUUUCCAGUUCGACUACAAGCAGUACUCCGAGGGCUUCCUCACCGACUACUUCGUCAUGUCGAUCCUCUUCAGCAAGCUGUGGGACCUGCUCUACAAACUGCGCUUUGUGCUCACCUAUAUCGCUCCUUGGCAAAUUACGUGGGGCUCGGCUUUCCACGCCUUUGCCCAGCCAUUCGCCGUGCCUCACUCGGCCAUGCUGUUUGUCCAGGCGGUGCUUUCGGCGCUCUUCUCCACGCCGCUCAACCCGUUGCUGGGCAGUGCCGUGUUCAUCAUGUCCUACGCUCGCCCCGUCAAGUUUUGGGAGCGCGACUACAACACCAAGAGGGUCGACCAUUCCAACACACGGCUCGCCACGCAGCUUGACCGCAACCCAGGUGCAGAUGACAACAACCUGAACUCCAUCUUCUACGAACACCUGACGCGCUCGCUGCAGCACACUCUCUGCGGAGACCUCAUGCUUGGGCGGUGGGGCAACUAUACCACGGGGGACUGCUUCAUCCUGGCCUCGGACUAUUUGAAUGCUCUGGUGCACCUCAUCGAAAUUGGCAACGGCCUGGUCACUUUUCAGCUGCGGGGCCUUGAGUUUCGGGGGACCUAUUGCCAGCAGCGGGAAGUGGAGGCCAUCACGGAAGGGGUGGAGGAGGACGAGGGCUGCUGCUGCUGCGAACCUGGCCAUUUGCCCCGCAUGCUGAGCUUCAACGCAGCCUUCGGGCAGCGCUGGCUGGCCUGGGAGGUGGCCGCCACCAAGUACGUCCUGGAGGGCUACAGCAUCAGUGACAACAACGCCGCCUCCACGCUCCACGUCUUCGACCUGCGCAAGAACCUCAUCACUUACUACGUCAAGAGCAUCAUUUACUACGUGACUCGCUCCCCGAAGCUGGACGACUGGCUGGGCAACGAAGGCAUCCAGGAAGCCCUGCGGCCCUGCAGCUCCCACAGCUACGCCGACAACGACCCCACCUUCAACCUCAACAUCGACGAAGACUACGACCACCGCAUGUCGGGGAUCUCCCUGCCUUCCUUCUGCAACAUCUACCUCGAAUGGAUCCAGUAUUGUGCAGAGCGCAGGCAGAAGACGGUGGACCCAGACUGGAACUCGCCUCUCGUCAUCCUUUGCUUCGCGCUUUGCAUCCUGGGACGCCGGGCUCUGGGGACCGCCUCCCACAGCAUGUCAGCCAGCCUGGAGCCUUUUCUGUACGGCCUCCAUGCCCUCUUCAAGGGGGACUUCCGGAUCACUUCGCCCCGUGACGAAUGGGUCUUUGCUGAUAUGGACCUGCUGCACCAGGUGGUGGCUCCAGGAGUGCGCAUGUCCCUCAAGCUGCAUCAGGACCACUUUACCUCCCCGGACGAGUACGACGACCCAGCCGUGUUGUACGAGGCCAUACGCUCCAACGAGGAGAAGAUGGUGAUCUCCCACGAAGGGGACCCGGCGUGGCGUAACGCCAUCCUCACCAACACCCCGGCCCUGCUGGCCCUGCGCCAUGUCAUGGAUGACGCCAGCGACCAGUACAAGAUCAUCAUGCUCAACAAGCGCUACCUCGGCUUCCGCGUCAUCAAGGUGAACCGGGAAUGCGUGCGCGGCCUCUGGGCAGGGCAGCAGCAAGAGCUGGUCUUCCUCCGGAACCGGAACCCAGAGCGCGGCAGCAUCCAGAACGCCAAGCAGGCCCUGCGCAACAUGAUCAACUCCUCCUGCGACCAGCCCAUCGGCUACCCCAUCUACGUCUCGCCCCUGACCACCUCCUACGCCGGCAGCCACCUGCAGCUCCAUUCCCUCUGGGGGGGUCCCAUCAGCUUGCACAACAUCUCGACGUGGUUCAUACGCAAUUGGGAGAGGCUUCAGAAAGGCUGCGGAGCAGGUUGCAACAGCGGAGGAAACAUUGACGACUCCGACUGCGGUGGAGGCUCCGCCUCGCUCAACAACAACCCCCAGGUUCACGGGGUCCAGAUUCCUGGGAGCUUGGCUCCCAGCGUCGGGCCAGUGGCUGCCAGCCCAGCCGAGCCCACAGCCACCACUGCCCAGCCUCAGGCAGAUCAAGACCCCGGGCUCCCCGCUCCGAGCCACAGCUGGCUGGUCCAGCCCCAGUCAGCCCACGCGUCGAGCCAGGGCGAAGGGCGGCCCACCCCGACUCCAGCUGCGUCUUGGCCCCCCGGCCCACACUUCCUGGGAAGCCAGCUCUCCUGCGCAAGCUCCUUGGCGUCGGUAGCCGAGGGCGUGGGACGUGGGCCUCUUCCGCUCCGCCCGGGGCUCGGGGCCCCAUCCCCAUUUGCCUACGAGGGCCUCUGUGGCAAGUGGAGCCUGCCCAGCCGCAAAGGACUGAACGGCUUGGGGGGCAACGACAGCGAGGCCCCCCUGGGGACGCCUCCGCCCCGCACGAAGGACAACCCACCUUUAUCAUCGGCUGUCGCUGCACUGGGGACCCCGGGCCUUGUGGGGAGCCCUAAACCUCAGCCCCCCGAGGCCUCCAGCGACUGCACCCCGUUGCCUCUGGAACCCCCCGCUGCGCUCCAAGGAAGCGUCCCGGUCUCCGAACCCAUUGCGGCCGAAUGGGGCCGACCGCGGGAAGAGGAAGAGAGCCCCGCCGCCGGGCAGCCCCUCCUGGACCAUCAGUACUGAAUCCCGGGGGACGUCUCUCACCCCAAACGAACCGCGGGCUGGUCCCGUUUUUUGACUCUCCCUUGGCCCUUUUUCGGGGGGACCGGAACGCGCUCUCCGCCCGCCCCUCCUUCAGGACCACGGACAGCAAUAAGGGGAGGGAGGCUGCCCCCCUCCUGACCGCUGCAGCCUUCUGUGCCCCCAUUUCCCCCUCUCCUUGCCCCCCACCACUUGCCUGCAGGGGCAGGCUCUACUCUUUUGGGGGGCAGCAAAGAGGGGGAGGACUCCACGCACCACCACCAAACAACCCCUUCGCCCCUCGGGACCCCCCCCCCCCCAAGGACGCUUCUGUUCUUUCUUUUCUUCCUUCCUGUUCUUGUCGUCAUUUCUGGGGGUUAAUAAGAAAAAAUAAUUUUCA